GGGCGGAGACUUCGAAUGCUUUCGGGAUACCAAACACCGCGGGGGCCGAACACUCGGCGCGCAGGCGGCAACCGGCUCUUCUUCAGCUCUCGCGAGAGUUCGUCUUCCCGGAAGCGCCGGAGGACGCUCCCAGUGGACGGCUCCGCGAUGUGUGGGGACUGUGUGGAGAAGGAAUAUCCCAAUCGGGGUAACACUUGUCUGGAGAAUGGAUCUUUCUUGCUGAACUUUACAGGUUGUGCAGUGUGCAGUAAGCGGGAUUUUAUGCUGAUCACAAACAAAUCCUUGAGAGAGGAAGAUGGAGAAGAAAUAGUUACCUAUGAUCAUCUGUGUAAGAAUUGUCAUCAUGUAAUAGCCAAACAUGAGUAUACCUUCAGUAUCAUGGAUGAAUUUCAGGAGUACACCAUGCUGUGCAUGUUAUGUGGCAAAGCUGAAGACACAAUCAGUAUUCUCCCUGACGAUCCCCGACAAAUGACCUUGUUAUUCUAAGGAUCCUUCUGCAGUUCUGUUGUGACUGUGUUGGGCUGGUUUGCAAUACUGCAGGUGUACUGGUUUGUCUUAGCUAGUUUAUAAUGAAACCUUUGCAUGCUCCCCCCCCCCCCUUCUCUUCUUAGUUUUUUGGUGAGGAAAAGUGCUUGGAGGGCUUGCUGCUCUCUGGAGUUGAGCUUCCCUGCUGAAGUCUCCAGUUCCCAUCGGUGCAGCCAGAGAGAGACUUCCUUGUGGGCAGUUACACAGCCAGAGAAUACCCAGAAUGGACAUGCACUUAGUCUAGGUCUCAGGUUCUCAGAAAGGAAUCAGGGCCCCUUGGAAUGAUGGCCGAUUCUAGGACUUGAGCAGGAAGUAAACCAGAUGAGUCUGGAACAUUUUGUGCCUCCUCCCCCCAUCCCCCACCCCCCACCCC